AUGUCGACCGAAGACAAAUUGCCGAGCGAAUAUACGUACCUGAAAGCACGUUAUCUUAGGUCACGAGCAUGGCUUGUCAUCUUCGGAGCUUUCACAAGUCUCUUUUGCACAGUGGGCUUUUUGAACUCGUUCGGAAUCUUUGAAGAGUACUAUGCGACAGUCCAACUUGCUCACAAAUCAUCAUCAACUAUUGCUUGGAUAGGAGCUAUAUCUAUAUUUUUCUUAUUUGCGAUUUCGGUCGCGUCUGGAGCUAUGCUUGAUAUUUUCGGUCCGGGGAAAUCACGAGGUUGUCAGAUUAUGCUGUAUAUAGGAGCAAUUGGCACCGUGUUCGCAGUCAUGAUGACUUCUCUUUGCAAAGAAUUCUACCAAUUUCUGCUCGCUCAAGGUAUUCUCCUGGGAAUUAGCAUGGCGCUGGUGACCUGGCCCAUGCUGGCUCUGGUAGGGCAGUAUAUCAAGCGCAAACGUGCCGCAGCCAUGGGAAUUGUCAUUGCCGGAUCAUCGCUGGGCGGGGUGGUAUGGCCGAUUGCCAUUGACAAACUACUCCACAACCCUCGCAUCGGCUUUCCGUGGACCAUGCGAAUCGUUGGGUUUAUAAUGCUCCCGUGCUUGCUGCUCUCUUGCAUUUCAGCGAGGCCUCCUGCUAAACCAGAAAGUAAUUGCAUGGAGCAAGGAACAGGUCUUGGAAGCGUCGAACCCAAGACAGAGGAGAAGGGUCCUAAACCAGAUCAUAAGGCAGAGGCAUUGAAGCUAUUCAAGCAACGGCCCCUACAACUGUUGUGUCUGGCCAUGUUUAUCACAUACUUUGGCAUGUUUUCCCCAUUCUUCUACACCACAUCGUAUGCAGUGCACAGAGGAUUUUCCCAAAGUCUAUCAUUCUACACGGUUUCGAUCAUGAACGGCGCUUCCUUCUUCGGUCGCAUCCUCCCGGGCAUUCUGGCCGACAAGUACGGCAAGUUCAAUUGCUGCAUUGUGGCAUCGCUAUCUUCUGGAAUCGUUGCACUGUGUUGGACACAGGUGUCUUCUGUGGCUGGUUUGGUAAUCUGGUCAGCCGCAUAUGGAUUUUCGUCAGGGGCCAUUCUUUCACUUCAGCAAGCUUGUGCCGCCCAGAUAGCGACUCCCGAUACAAUUGGUUUGGCAAUUGGGAGCGUUGUCGGUUCCACAGCACUGUCGGCCAUGGCUGGUGUUCCUAUAAGCGGUGCACUUGCCGGAAAAUACAGUUACCUUUCGCUGUCUUUGUAUUCAGGGGUGUCAUUAAUACUAGGCGGCGUGCUUUUAAUAGCCUCCCGUCUGGCCCAAAACCGACGGCUUCGAGCUAUAAUUUAA